AGAAGCGGAGUUUUCGAAGUCCGCUCAGUUGUUCGAUGUCUUAUUUGCCGCUAACUUGUAAUACAUUUACAAAAUGCGCUUUAAGCAUACUUUCCAGAACAAAGACUAUUUUCAGAGGAGCAAUUAUACCACCGUAUCAGAAUAAUAAUAAGCGCGUAAGAUAUUUUAUGUUUACAAGUAGAACCAGGUUCCAGAUUAACCCAGAGCACGAAUUUAGUCUGAGAAAUUUACCUCAUCAUCAAGUCAAAGUUCAACAGAAAACGACAUUCUGUUACAACGCUCGUCUCCUUUUCCAAAGGAGAGAUAUGGCAUCCAGUUUGCAAUCAAAAACGACUCACUUCAAUAAGCUUAGUGAGGAGAGAUCACCAUACCUUCUGCAGCAUUCAACAAACCCUGUUCAUUGGUAUCCAUGGGGAGAGGAAGCUAUCAAUAAGGCCAAAGCAGAAGACAAGCCUAUAUUUCUGUCAAUUGGCUACUCAACUUGCCACUGGUGCCAUGUAAUGGAGCGUGAAUCUUUUGAGAAUGAAGAGAUUGCAGAAAUCCUCAACAAAUAUUACAUCAGCAUCAAAGUAGACAGAGAAGAGAGACCUGAUGUAGACAGGGUUUAUAUGACCUUUGUCCAGGCCACAACUGGCAGUGGAGGCUGGCCAUUGAGUGUCUGGCUGACUCCUUGCCUUAAGCCUAUAUUUGGAGGGACCUACUUUCCACCUGAUAACCGCUAUUACAACCGCCCAGGUUUCAAGACUUUACUCCUCCUAACUGCUGAUAAGUGGCAAAGAUCAAGAAAAGAAAUCGAAGAUAAGGGCACUGCCAUAGUGGAUGCACUUGAGCAAGGAACCCAAAUAUUAAAGCACGAGCAUGAAGAUUUACCAACAAUUAAAGCCAUUUACCAUUUGUAUGAAAUGUUGGAAAAGGUUUAUGAUGAGAAAUAUGGAGGAUUUGGAAAAGCUCCUAAAUUCCCUCAACCAGUGAAUUUCAACGCUUUGCUGAGAUUUUAUAACAUGGAGCGAGAGACCGAGUAUGGCAAAAAGGCUUUAAAUAUGUGUCUGCACACCUUGAGAAUGAUAGCAAAAGGUGGAAUCCAUGACCACAUUGGACAGGGAUUUCACAGAUAUUCAACAGACAGAAUAUGGCAUGUUCCUCACUUUGAAAAGAUGCUGUAUGAUCAAGCACAAUUAGUCAUCUCCUACUUAGAUGCCUAUCAGAUAACCAAAGAAGAGGUGUUUGCCAAGUCAGCAAGAGAUAUUUUUGAAUACGUUAACAGAGACCUCAGUCAUCCUGAAGGAGGAUUCUACAGUGCUGAAGAUGCAGAUUCACUGCUGACAGCAGAUUCCGAGGAGAAAAAAGAAGGGGCUUUCUAUGUUUGGGAAUGGGAUGAGUUGCACUCUCUUCUAAAGGACAGAGUUAGUGGAGCUGACAGUCCUUUGCUGGCUGAAGUUUUCUGUCAUCAUUAUGGCUGUGAGAAGAAGGGGAACGUGGAUCCAUUGCAGGAUCCUCAUGAAGAGCUUAUACACAAAAAUGUGCUGAUUGUGAGAGGAAGUGUGCAGGAAACAGCCGUCAAAUUUGGGAUGGAUGAAGAGAAAGUAAAUACAGCACUGGCCAAAUGUCACCAGAUUCUUUACCAGGAAAGACAGAGGAGGCCUAGACCUCAUCUUGAUGACAAAAUGGUAGCUGCGUGGAAUGGAUUAAUGGUGUCAGGGAUGGCACGUGGUGGUCAGGUGCUUGGAGAUGCAACAUUAACAGCACAUGCUAUAAAGGCAGCUGAGUUUCUGAAAACUUACCUCUUUAUAGAGGAAAGCAACACACUCUUGCGUAGCUGUUAUGCAGGCAUGGAGGGUAUAGUUACUCAGCUGAAGAGACCCAUUGAAGGGUUUGCUGAUGACUAUGCCUUUGUGAUUCGGGGCUUGCUGGACCUUUUUGAGUGCAGUCAGGAAAUUCAAUGGCUUCAGUUGGCAGAGAGACUACAGUUUCGACAGGAUGAACUUUUCUGGGAUGAGGAAGGAGGCGGCUACUAUAAUAGUCAGAGCAAAGAUCCAUCUAUAGUCAUCAGGAUGAAGGAAGACCAAGAUGGUGCAGAACCGAGCCCUAAUUCUGUGGCGUGCAUGAACUUGCUCCGUCUGUCAAACCUUUUGGACAAUCCAAGCAUGCAGGAAAAGGCUGUCUGCAUCCUUAGGCUUUUCUCACACCACCUUGACACUGUUCCUGUUGCUGUUCCUGAGCUAGUUAGCUGUCUCACUUUUUAUUUACGCUCACCCAAACAGAUAAUUAUUGUGGGUCCUAGUGAAGGAGAAGACACCAAGGAAAUGCUACAUGCUGUUCACAGUCGGUUUAUCCCAAACAAAAUAUUAGUUGUGACUGAUGGUAUAGCUAAAAACUGUCUGCAUGGGAAACUUGGGCUGUCCACGAUUGAUGGGAAAGCAACAGCCUAUGUAUGUGAAAACUUUGCUUGUGCUUCCCCAACAAACUCUCUUCAGGACUUUGAGAAACAACUAGACUUUUGUUGAAAAUUUGUAGUGAUGAAUCUUGGUGUGGGUGAUGAACAAAUUGGUAGAAUGGAUGCUUCUGAAAGUGUCAAGCUGAAACAGUGGACAUGGCACAGUUGUGAGAACGAGGGUGACCAAAAUAAAUAUUUUACAGUCAGCUGGAAAAGUAAGCGGGAAUAUUGAGUGUGGCUAAAUGCUACACUAUUUUUGGACAGGGGGGUGGAUCUACUGAAAGUCUGGCCUUAUUGUUGUAUCAUUUUAAUAUCUUUGUCAUAUUAACCUAACCCAAAUAAGUGACCAUUCAGCAAAUUUGUGAUGCUUGUCAUGUACAAUUUUUUAUAUUAUUAUCUUAGUCAUAGUAAGACAACUAGUUAAGACGUCAGUUCAGCUUUUAUAACAACUAUGCUAUAGUGGUCUGCUUCUAAGAGUUUUUGAUCAUAGAAAGCAGUCUGCUGCAUGUAUGUGUAUCAGUUUAUGCAUGGAUAUGGACAAGCACUUAAUGCUAGGUCAAAGAUCAGAGGAAGACACUAAACUAAAUGAUCACAGAGGACACAGUGGAUAGAGGAGCUAUGCAGUGUAACAUGUCAGGCCCAAUGAAGACAUGGAGUUUUGUUGCAAGCAUAUUGUACAUAUAGAGAAUGCAAGAUUAAAACAUAUCCAGCGAAGUAAAACUUAUUAAUUUGCUUCUUAUUCAAAUUAAGAGGAAUGCUAAAUUUUGGAAGUCAGUUGUUACCGUGUUGCAAUGAAAUAAAACCUGUAGAAUAUGCAAAAAUCAUAUCUCAAGGCUUAACAAAACAGGAAGUUAAAAAUAAAAGUCUCUGCCUUCAAGUCAGAGUUGCUAGCUGAGCUGAAAGAAUUAAGCCAAUGAAAAUCUCCCGGGGAAACCUUUUUAAAAAUAUGUUCCAAGUCUCAUUUUCUUUCUGUGGUGGAAAAUUGUUGCCUUGCAGACGUUAUUUCCAUUUUUCGUUGAUGAUUUUCGCCGUGAGCAAAUCACAGCCCAUCAUAGGUGUGUGUGUGUAUCUCAGUAGGAUGGACCACCAUACACACCUAUGCAGGCUGUCAUGAAUAAAAGUGUCUCUUUAUGGGCCAACGUUUGAUUAGUUUUAUUAAUUCAUACCUGCGCUUCUGGACGGCAAAGAUUUUUCUAUGCAAUGACAAGAUUAAAAAGUAAAAACCUG